AUGCCGCCGCCAACGAACGCCCCUCCGGCGCAAGAUACUUCACGUAACGAAUACAUCCCCUCCUUCAUCGCCUCUAAGCCCUUCUAUGUCACCGACGACCUCGCCUCAAGCGAUGCCGACUAUCUCGAGCAUCAACGUCUACACUCCGCCCCUAAAGAUACCCUCGACAAAGCGAAAUGGUACGACCGCGGCAGAAAGCUCGGCCCUGCCGCCACCAAGUUCCGUAAAGGCGCUUGCGAAAAUUGUGGCGCCAUGACACACAAAACCAAAGAGUGUUUAUCACGGCCACGGAAAACGGGUGCGAAAUAUACUGGUAGGGAUAUACAGGCGGAUGAGGUCGUGGACAGUGUGAAAUUGGGUUGGGAUGCGAAGCGAGAUCGAUGGAACGGGUACGAUCCUAAGGAAUAUGAUGCUGUGAUCAGGGAGUACAAUGAGCUGGAGGCUCUCAAGAAGGCCACCGCUGGAGACUCUGCUGCGGAUACGGCCGGUAAGGAGGCGGAUGUCGGCGGCGACAAUGAUGCCCGUUACGACGCCGAGAGCGACAUGGGCCGCUCACAACCCACUUCCACACGCCAACUCCGCCUCCGAGAAGACACUGCCGGCUAUCUCAAGAACCUGGACCUCGAUAGUGCAGCCUACGACCCCAAAACGCGUACUCUUGACAACAGCACCAAAGACCCCACCUCUACCGAUGGUGAUCUCGCUGACCAAGGGUUUAUGCGACCUUCCGAAGCCGAUGCCUUUGAGCGUGCACAGCGUUACGCGUGGGAGUCACAGGAGUCUGGUGCUCCCGAUGCUGCGAAGCUGCACCUGCAAGCAAAUCCUACUGAGGGCGCUAUGCUAAUGAAGAAAGCCGAGGCUGAGGCCGCGGCCAAGAAGGAUGCACAGCGGCAGUACUUACUCGAUCGCUACGGUACCUCUACACCAGAUCACUUGGGCGCUUCCAAAUCCCAGUCUGAUUCCCAAGCCCUCACCAUGUCCAGCUCAGAAAAGGCCCGCAAACCAAAAACAAUUAUGUCCUCCUCUGUCUACACCGAAUACGACGCAAGUGGUCGGCCGAAGAAUGCCCCCGUCACAGUCGCCCGCAGCAAAUACCCCGAAGACGUACAUCCGAACAACCAUACAAGUGUCUGGGGAAGCUGGUGGAGCAACUUCCAAUGGGGUUACAGCUGUUGCCACUCCACCGUGAGGAACAGCUGGUGUAGUGGCGAGGAGGGCAAAGAAGCCUUCGCUAUGGCCGAGGGUCGAAAGAGGGGUCAAGAUCUGAUCACUGACGGCACCACUGGCGACGGGGGGGACGCAGAGCCAGGUAAAGAUGCCGAUGCAGAUGGGGCCGCUGCAGGUGAUGCGAAUGUGAAAGCGGCGGCAGCCAAGGAGACGAAGAAGCGCACCCUGGAAGAGCUGCAAUCCGGCAUCUCAGCAGAGGAUAUGGAGAAGUACAAACGCAGCAAGCUGAGUGGGGGCGAUCCCAUGGCGGCCAUGUUGGGACGGGAUGAGCUGCUUGAGAAAGCCCCUUAG